AUGUCUAAGGGAAAUUCUCCAUAUAUUCAUAUUGAAAGAACACUCUUUAUUAUUAAACCAGAUGUUAUUAAGUAUGCAGAUAAAAUAGAAGAAGUUCUAUUGCAAAAAGGAUUCCUAAUAUUACAGAAAAAGCGCGUACAUUUAACUCCAGAACAAGCAAGUGAAUUUUAUGCAGAACACUAUGGAAAAAUAUUUUAUGCAACUUUAAUUUCUUAUAUCAGCAGUGGUCCGAUAGAGGUAUUAGUCAUAGCUAGAGAAAAUGCCAUAUCUGCUUGUCGUGAAUUAAUUGGUCCACAAAAUGCAUUUAAAGCUAAGGCGAUUGCACCUGAAAGUUUAAGAGCUAUUUAUGGUACAGAUGAUCAGCAGAAUGGAAUACAUGGAAGCGAUUCAUUUACAAGUGCUGAAAGAGAAAUCAGAUUCUUCUUCCCAGAUAUGAUCGUUUCACAAGUUCCCGUAAAACUUGCAGCAAAAGAUUAUUUGGUCAGAAAUGUAAACCCAACUUUACUAAAAGGUUUAACAGAACUCUGCAAACAAAAGCCUAAGGAUCCAGUACUUUGGCUGGCCGACUGGUUACUGGAAAAUAAUCCGAAUAAACCACAUCCCAUCGAUAUAGUCACCUAUUGA